GGGAGCGGGUCCCCGGAGGCUGAGGAGCAGAAGGGAGGAGGAGGAGGAGGAGGAGGAGGGCGCCUGGCCCCGGCGGAGUCAGGAGGGCCAUGGCAGAAGGCCCCGUCGUCCUCGCCGUCCCCGAGAAGGAAGAGGAAGAAGCGCUGGAAGCCUGGCUGGAUGACCACCGGGACUUCGCCCGCUCCUACUUCGUCCGGAAGGCCACCAGAGAGAUGGUCAAUGCAUGGUUUUCUGAGAGAGUUCAUACCAUUCCAGCAUGCAAAGAAGGCACCAAAAACCAUAGUGAAGCUUGUUCUUGUUCCAGUCACCAGACAACACGGGCAGAGAGCACUAAUCCCACACCACCAACAAGGAAGAUAUCUGCUUCUGAAUUUGACAGACCUCUUAGGCCCAUUGUUGUCAAGGAUUCUAUUGGAACAGUGAGUUUCCUAUCAGAUUCAGAGAAGAAGGAUCAGAUGCCUCUCCAGUCUCGGACACUUAGGACUGAAGCAGGGGAUCAGUGCACAAGACUCUUAGAACUGGUGAAGGAUAUUUCUAGUCACUUGGACGUCACAGCCCUUUGCCACAAAAUUUUCUUGCACAUCCACGAACUUAUAGCUGCUGACCGCUACUCCCUCUUUCUGGUCUGUGAAGAUAGUUCCAAUGAGAAAUUUCUUAUCAGCAGACUGUUUGAUGUUGCUGAAGGUUCCACUUUAGAAGAAGCUUCCAACAACUGCAUCCGUUUAGAAUGGAACAAAGGAAUUGUAGGCCACGUUGCAGCUUUGGGCCAGCCUUUGAAUAUCAAGAAUGCUUAUGAGGAUCCUCGAUUCAAUGCAGAAGUGGACCAAAUAACAGGCUACAAGACACAGAGCAUCCUUUGUAUGCCAAUUAAGAAUCACAGAGAAGAGGUCGUUGGUGUAGCACAAGCAAUCAAUAAGAAGUCUGGUGGAGGAGGAACAUUCACUGAACAAGAUGAGAAGGAUUUUUCUGCUUACUUGGCAUUUUGUGGGAUUGUUAUUCACAAUGCUCAGCUCUAUGAGACAUCCCUGCUUGAAAACAGACGCAAUCAGGUGCUCCUUGAUCUUGCGAGUCUAAUUUUUGAAGAGCAGCAGUCUUUGGAGGUUAUUUUGAAGAAGAUAGCUGCUACCAUAAUCUCCUUCAUGCAGGUGCAGAAGUGCACCAUUUUCAUAGUGGAUGAAGACUGUACUGAUUCAUUUUCUAGUGUCUUUCACAUGGAAUUUGAGGAAUUAGAGGAUUCCAAUGAGACUCACAAAAGAAACUAUGAUACAAACCAAAUUAAUUAUAUGUAUGCCCAAUAUGUCAAGAAUACCAUGGAGCCUCUUAACAUUCCAGAUAUUCGCCAUGACAAAAGAUUUCCUUGGACAAAUGAAAGUACAGACAGUGCAAACCAGAAUAUUGAAAGUUUAUUGUGCACACCAAUCAAGAAUGGAAAGAAGAAUAAAGUGAUAGGUGUAUGCCAACUUGCAAAUAAGAUGGAAGAAAAUUCAGGCAAAAUCAAAGCUUUCAACAGGAAUGAUGAACAGUUCCUAGAAGCUUUUGUCAUCUUUUGUGGCUUAGGCAUCCAGAACACACAGAUGUAUGAAGCUGUGGAAAGAGCCAUGGCUAAGCAGAUGGUCACACUGGAGAUCCUUUCGUACCAUGCCUCAGCUGCUGAGGAAGAGGCAAGGGAACUUCAGGUAACAGCGGCUGCUGUCGUCCCAUCUGCCCAAUCUCUCAAGCUCACUGACUUUUACUUCAGUGACUUUGAGCUCUCAGAUAUGGAGACUUCUCUGUGCACAAUCCGAAUGUUCACUGAUCUUAACCUCGUGCAGAAUUUCCAGAUGAAACAUGAGGUCCUUUGCAGAUGGAUUUUAAGUGUGAGGAAAAAUUAUCGGAAAAAUGUUGCCUAUCACAAUUGGAGGCAUGCAUUUAACACAGCUCAGUGUAUGUUUGCUGCUUUAAAGUCAGGGAAGAUUCAGAACAAGCUUACUGAUGUUGAGGUACUAUCUUUGCUGAUCGCAGCACUGAGCCAUGAUUUAGAUCACAGAGGGGUGAACAAUUCUUACAUACAGAGGAGUGAGCACCCACUUGCACAGCUAUAUUGCCACUCAAUCAUGGAACAUCACCAUUUCGACCAGUGCCUGAUGAUCCUGAACACUCCAGGAAACCAGAUUCUUGGUGGUCUUUCUGUUGAAGAAUAUAAGGCAACUCUGAAAAUGAUCAAACAAGCCAUUCUUGCCACAGACCUUGCACUGUAUAUUAAGAGAAGAGGAGAGUUUUUUGACCUUCUGAGGAAGAAACAGUUUAACUUGGAAGACCCUUAUCAAAAGGAGCUAUUUCUGGCAAUGCUGAUGACUGCGUGUGACCUGUCAGCAAUAACAAAACCAUGGCCAGUUCAGCAACGGAUAGCUGAGCUUGUAGCUGCGGAGUUCUUUGAUCAGGGAGAUAAGGAGAGAAAAGAACUCAACAUAGAGCCAACUGAUUUAAUGAACCGAGAAAAGAAAAACAAAAUACCCAGCAUGCAAGUUGGAUUCAUUGAUGCCAUCUGCUUACAGCUCUAUGAGGCGCUGACACACAUAUCAGAAGCCUGCUGUCCUUUGUUGGAGGGCUGCAGAAAGAACAGGCAAAAGUGGCAAGCUUUAGCUGAGCAGCAGGAAAGUAACUUGAUCAACGGGGAAAGUAACCAGCCAAAGCGGAACUGAGAUAGCAAUUCAUUCAGAAAUGCUGGUUUACAAAGAAGAUAUUUAUACAGAGUAAUUUGGAGAUACUUAGCAUUUUUCUAGACACUGUAUGAAAAAGAUGUAUAAUUUGCCACUGCUGUAUUUUAAAUAAUGAGAGAUAUAUAUUUUUGCACAGCAUUGGGAAUCGCAAUAAGGUUGUUUUUAUGUGUACCAUUGUAUCAUAUUUGUAUAUUUUCAAUGUUUCAUUCUUAUGAAAGAGAACAGAUCUGCAUUUAGCAGGCACAGUUUUAUAUGACAGUAUGGAAAGGGAGAGUUUCUAGGACUGCUUUGGGAGCCUCCUGGCUCAGUUGUACAUAGUUUGUUUUGAUCAAUGGCCAGUACCUUAAAGAUUACUAUAUUUGGCACCUUUUUCAUUCCUUUGUAUUGUCUGGAUUUUAGGGCGGUUUUUUGUUUGUUUUUUUGUUUGUUUUUUGGUAAAUGUAAAUAAUGAAAGAACAAUGUUGGCUCUGGCCAUGGAGAAAUACAGUAGCCAAUGAUCAUUGCAGAGACUGCUGGCUCUGAUAAAUCUAGCUCCAAAGAAAGCCAAUGUUUUCAGAGACAAACAUACUGACCUCCAGAGAGGGCUGUCUCUUGAGGUAACACACUGCAUCUGUUCCUUUAUCUGCCAUGAGAGAGUCAGACUAGAUGCUGUUUUUCCCCCCUUCAACAACGAGAUUUCAUCAGAAAUGCAUCCCUCAGCCAUGACAUGUCCAUGUUUACCUUACUGUGACCAGUCACAAAACAAAGUACACUAAAUGCAAGACCCAUAGGCAAAGACAAGUAUGUGCUGUAACAAAUAGAUGACUUCUGGGGCAUCUUUUUUAAACAUCUACUAAGUAUGCCAUCUAGUUUUACUCAGAGUGGUUCAAGUAAAUGAAGAUGAGCUAAUAAAGUACUGAGAUCAACAAGCAGAAGAUCAUAAAGAUCUUUAGAAAUGGUGUAAACUUUGUGAACAGUAUGAUAGAACACCACAGCUCAAAACUCCAGGUGUCUAAGGAAGAAUAUUUCAGAUGCAAAACCGGGAAAAGUGGGACACAGGGAAAAGAAACGACUGCAUGGAUAUCGGAUCUGCUUUUUAUGGGAUUGUUCUUCAGUAGGCAAGCAUAUUGGCAUCCUGCCUGUGGAAAUAAUGGAAUGGAGAAGGAGAUGAUGGUAGUGAUGUGAGCGAAUAAAGAAACUCAGGCUUAUUCCAAAGUAUGAGAAAUUGUUCUGGAUAUUGUAAAACAGAAUUGAAUUAAGGAGCUCCGAGUUCAGAAAUAACUGAGACUACUUAAAAACAACUGUUCGUAAUUGCAGAGAGGUUUUAUAAGUGAAUGUUGGAAAGAAGAAUGUUUUGAGGGUUUUCAUGAGACCAGUUAACUUGGAACCAUCAAAACCACAAAGUCUUAAAGCACUGAGCACAAAUGGAAACAGCACAGAGCACUUCAGAAAGCCACGACUUCACAAAGAUAGUUUUAAAUAAGUCAAAGAACAUUAGUUCAAGAAAAGAGCAUAGACAAAACAAAUCUCAAAAUACCAUGUCACUGCUUGCAACCAAUAAUGUUGCCAUGUCAAAAACAAGGAUUUGAUUGGUAUGAUUUAUUUAUGGAUUUGACUAUGAGUACAUACGAAUAUCUAAAAAUAUAAUUCUGACAUCUAUAAAACCUUUCAGGGAAAGUUGCCCUUAGGAAAAAUACAUAUUGUCAAAUAUUUUACACUAAUUUUUGCUUAGUAUUGAAAAAAUGUGUAUUUGCGUCUCUUUUGAGAGUGUGGCGUGAGCCUCUCAAAGUAACUGCAGUUCUCUACUGUAAUUCUCAAAGUAGGAUCAAUCCUUCUCUUCAAAGACACACUAGUUUCGUCAUGAAGCACAAUCUGGUUUCACAGCACUUUGUGUUUAUGACUUCAAAUCAAGAGUGAGCAACGAUGGCUUUCCAGAUCUUUUGGGCCUACAUUUGCCAUUAGCCUUAACUGUAUAGUGAGGAAUUAUGGGAGUAAUUUGAAUCCUAAAUUCUAUUAGUUGCAAAUAGAGUAGUCCUGUUGAAUAAAUGGAACUGGCAGUAGUGCCAUCUUACCAAAUUGCCAUUGAUUCCCUGAGUAUGUUUUAGUUGGGACUAACAUGAGGAUUUAAGCAAGGAAUAAGAAUCUUGCUUGAUAAUAAGGUUGGCUGGAACCCUGAGUCAGCUACUUGCUUUUUACACCAUUUUAAGGUGGGUAUAAGCACAGUUCUGGUGCGGAACAUGCCAGACAUUGUCCCAACUGCUUUCACCAGAUCCGGUGUUUGGAAUGUAUGUUGUCCAAAUAGGAUGAUGACAGAAUUGGGGUUGGGGGCUUGGGAACUGUUGGCCCAUGGAGACAAGAUCUAAGUAUCUUAACCCAGAAUUAAGUAACUUGUGACCCUUCUGAUUUUACAGGUUGUCCUUUUUAUAAUAAGAGGAAGAGCAAUUCCCAAAUGAUUAGCAGCUGAUUUUACCACCAUAGCAGGAAGAGCAACUAACCUGUGUAGCAUGUGGUGGUUAUUUGAGAAAGCCUCCCUAAACCACUUGCAUCUGUCCUUUAAAUUAGCACUGCUGCCACUUCAAUUUUUAUCACCUGGGAGAUGCUGUUCAAUAAUGUUGUAGUCUGAUAUGGAAUAUCUGUAUAUUAUAACAGUGAGCCAUGAAAUAAUCCUGUUAGGGACAUGAGUACAUGGUAGUCUCCCUUGCAUGUACAUAUGUCCUUUAUCUGGUGCUGCAGGGGUUGGUAUUCCCUUCAUCUCUCUGCAGCCCUUCUCAACUUAUGGACUGGACAGACCGCCCCAAAAGGGUGGCCUGCAGCCACCUGUUUUUACCCUGGAUGGAGGCCACACCAACCAAAUGGUGCGGCCUCUGUAAGGACGGGUUCUUUCUGGGAAGCAUCUGGGAUGCCAUUGGCGCCCUCAUGCACACCAAUGAUAUACGUGUGGCAUGGCACCACUUGGAUGCUGUGUGGAUGGUGGCGAGCCAUGAUGGCGCUCAGACAGCCGUACAGUUUGGCCUUAAACAGCAUUUAUGCCCUACAGUUUGGCCUUAAACAGCAUGCAGAUGCUCCAAUCCCCCGAACCUUAAAAUCGCCCCAGGCCAGCGCAAGGUACCACUCUGUACCAGGCCUUAGUUAACACCUCUGAAGCAUACUGAAGUACCAUUCCACACCUCCUGGGAAAUGGGCAGGAUGGCAUAAGCAUCUUACUACAUCUCCAUAACUAGACAGAAAAUAAUGAUAUUCACACUGAGAUCACUCACCCAUAUCUAAAGGCUAAAGGUCACUUUGGUCAUUCAGGCCAAAAGAAAAAAAAAUUGGUUCAGGCCUUCUCCAGAAUUGUACUUUUCCUGUCAGCAAUGUAUUGGGCAGUUGCUGUUUGAAAGCAUGUCAAAACACUUCCUGCAUAUAGAAACCUGACUUGUGAAAAAGAGUAAGGUAAAAACUAGCUCCCUGACAAAACAGUUCAUGGUGCAGGAUGUUCUGUAUUUUAUGCUCAGUCUGCCACCUCUGGUUUCAAGGAGUAGACUGCAGGAAAUAUUAUACUAUGUGGUGUUACAAUACAUUUGGAUUAUCUGUAAAGGGGAUUCAAAUACUCCACUAAGCAAGUCAUCCCCACCUUCAUAAAUGCUAUUUAAGGCCAAACUGUAGGAUCUGAAGAAAUCAGUGACACAGAAUUUCUUUAACUUGUUCAGCUUUUAUGCAUUUAUUUCCAGAGAACCCAUUGUCUGAUGUCUGAUUACUAUCUAUAUAGUAGGCGGGGGGGGGGGGAUGAGGCACCAAAGGCAAAGGUUGGGUCCUUCACCCAUCAUUCUUUGGAGAUCAAUAUACACCUCUGGGAUAUCACAAAGAUCUUGGCAUAAACAAGAAAAGCAUACUCUUCCAAAGUAACUGCAGCAUUUCUAGCUCUAAGCAGUUCAGGAAAAUAAAAUAAAAAUUGCAGCUCUACUGAACUAUGUCAGAAAAUGAAGAAAGCACCAAGCUGAUAUGCCUGUUUCUCUGUGUAUGGGUGGGCUGAACGAAAUAAAUCUUUGUUGGUAUUGUGUAACACAAUUAUAACAUUAAAAUAUAUUGUUUUAGUGAUUUGCCAUACUCACCAAAUGCUGUAUAAGCACAAGCACGCAACAAAUAAAAUGUCACUGUGGAGGUCCCCACUCUCA